AUGGCUGGGGCUGUUGUCGGGGCACUGAUUGGCAAGCUAGAUGCAGCCGUGGCGAAAGAAGCAGCAACCUAUGGUGCAUCCCUGCUUUACAAGGAUGCCUCUGCCCUCAAGGGUCUUUUUGGCGAGAUCUGCAGAGCUGAGAGGGAGUUGGAGAGCAUGAAGACCUACUUGCGUGAGUCAGAGAAAUUCAUGGAUACUGAUGAGACCAUAAGCAUCUUCAUCAAGACUAUCCGGGAACUAUCUUUCCGGAUAGAGGAUGUUGUUGACGAGUUCAUGUACAAGCUUCAUGGCAAUAAACAUGGAGGAUUUGCAGCCAGGAUAAAGAAGAAGAGUUAUAAAGUUGAGAACUUGCUGAAGAAAAUUUGUACAGAGUUCAACGUGCCAGUUGAUUCUAGCAUUAUGGAUAUGAGAAGAUUAGUUUAUGCCAUCCGUAGACAUCUUGAAGGUAAAAGGUUUAUCUUGGUAUUGGAUGAUGUCUGGGAAAAAGAGGUGUGGAUAAACAAUAUCAUGCCUGUAUUCCCAGCUAAUUGUACUAGCAGAUUUGUUCUUACAUCAAGAUUAUCUGAAGUUGCAUCUUUGGCAAGUAGUAACUGUGCAAUUGAGCUGAAACCGCUACAAGGCCAUCACUCUUAUAUGCUAUUUUGCAAGUUAGCCUUUUGGGAUAAUGAUGAUAAAAGGUGUCCUCCGGAGUUAUCGGAUUUGGCCACAAAAUUCUUACAAAAGUGUGAAGAGUUGCAGUCGGUUAGAAACACAAUCCCUGGUGUUGAAACAAUUCUGAAAGUCAGCUUGGAGGAUCUUCCAUAUGAACUGAAGAAUUGUUUCUUGCAUUGUGCAAUAUUUCCUGAGGAUUAUAAACUGAAGAGGAGGAGGUUAAUUAGGCAUUGGAUUACUUCUGGAUUCAUCAAGAAAAAGGAAAAUAAAACACUGGAACAAGUGGCAGAGGGCUACUUGAAUGAUCUUGUGAACCGAAGCCUACUACAAGUUGUGAUGAACAAUGAGUUUGGACGAGUAAAAUGUUGCCGAAUGCAUGACGUCAUCCGCCAUAUUGCCAUUGAAAAAGCCGAGAAAGAAUGCUUUGGUCAAGUUUAUGAGGGCAAUUGGACUUUUUUGGUACACCCAACACGUAGACUGUCAAUACAGAGCACCAAUAUUGAACUGUUAAAUCUAUCCAGUGCGACACAUCUUCGCCAAAUACAUGUUUCUACAAGGUUUGUUGAUAUUGAUCGGCUCAGGCCAAUCCUUUCAUCUUCAGUUUUGCUGUCAACAUUGGAUCUGCAAGGUACUGAAAUCAAGGUGCUGCCUAAUGAGAUCUUUAGCUUGUUUAAUCUGCGUUUCUUGGGUCUUCGAAAUACCAAAAUGGAGGUUCUGCCAGAGGCCAUUGGAAGAUUGGCAAACUUAGAAGUCACUGAAGGAUCUUUCUCGCGUAAUCAUGGAGUGAAGAUGCCUAGGGGCAUAAAGAACUUGACAGGACUGCAUGCUCUGCAAAAUGUUAAAGCUACCUCAGAGACUCUAUGUGAUGUUGCAGCUUUGAUAGAGUUACGGACAUUUUCAGUUGACGAUGUUACAUGUGAACACUCAUUAAUCUUGAGGAAUGCUCUCCUGAAGAUGAGCAAUCUUGUCAGUUUGUCAAUUACUACUAUGUCAAACGAAAAUGAGUCAUUCCCAAGACUGAAAGAAUUACGAGUAUGGUGUGCUCCACAGCUCAACCGAGUUGAAAUAGAAGAAGAUGCACGGGGAAGCCUUGCUAAGCUAUGGUUUGUGGAGUGCCCAGAACUCAAGCGCCUCCCUCAUGGGCUCAAGUAUCUUGCGAUCCUUGAUGAAUUACAUUUGGUAAAUACGGCAGUUGAGCUUAUAGAGUUGGCAAAUGAAUGCGAGGAAGAACUUAUGAAGAUUAGCCACAUUAGAAAGUUUACUAUCAUAUCAAAUGAGAAAAACUUUACUCGAAGAAUUGUUUCCAGCGAAGGGAAUGAAUUCGCUUGCUGA